AUGUUCAUCUCGUCGGCGGGCACCUACGGCGCCGGCGGCGAGCAACCUCACGCCGCCGCUUUCCCGGGGCUGCACGACCACCCGGCGGGGCCGCCAGGAGGCCACCACCCGCUCAACGGGCAGAUGCGUCUGGGUCUGGCUGUGGCAGCGGCUGCCGCGGCGGCUGCCGAGUUUUACGGGCGCGUGGAGCCCUUCCGCCCUUCGUCCGUGGCGGCCGCUGCCGCAGCCGCCGCCUCCGAAGCAUCUUACGGCGCCGCGCCGCAAGGCUACCCGGUCAACUUGGCGGCGGCCGUCCUGCAACAGGCGCCAGGGCCUCCCGCACAUGCGCACCACGCGCCUCCACACCAUCACCCUGCGGGCGCCUCCUCCGCCGCCGCAGCCUUCCUGCGCUACAUGCGGCAGCCCAUCAAGCAAGAGCUGAUCUGCAAGUGGAUCGAGGCCGAGGCGGCCGCGCCGCCCUGCUCGCAGACCUACAGCACCAUGCACGAGCUGGUCAACCACGUCACGGUGGAGCACGUCGGCGGGCCCGAGCAGAGCAGCCACGUGUGCUUCUGGGAGGAGUGUCCCCGCGAAGGGAAGCCCUUCAAAGCAAAGUACAAGCUCAUCAACCACAUCCGCGUGCACACUGGGGAGAAGCCGUUCCCAUGCCCCUUCCCCGGCUGCGGAAAGGUCUUCGCGCGGUCCGAGAACCUCAAGAUCCACAAAAGGACGCACACAGGAGAGAAGCCUUUUAAAUGCGAAUUUGAUGGCUGCGACAGGAAGUUUGCCAAUAGCAGUGACAGAAAGAAACACUCUCAUGUCCACACCAGUGACAAGCCAUAUUUCUGCAAAGUCAGAGGCUGUGACAAGUCUUACACACAUCCAAGCUCCUUGCGCAAGCACAUGAAGAUCCAUUGCAAAUCCCCACCACCUUCUCCUACCCCAGGAUCUCAUGGCUACCAACCCAUGGGGACACCACUGGGUGCCCCUCUGUCCCCUCUCCAGGACUCUGGGAGGGGCCGCCCUGUCAACCUUUCUCCUCAGGUCACCAAUCUCAAUGAAUGGUAUGUGUGCCAGGCCACUGGGGCCCCGAACCACCUCCAUACGCCAUCCAGUAAUGCCACAUCUUCUGAGGAGGAAGAGAACGAGGAAGAGAUUUAUAGGAACUCUGAGACAAGAACUAUUCAUUAG